AUGUCAGUAAAUACCUCAACGACGGAGUUGAUUAUUCGCCAGUUGAACCAAGCAAAGGAAUUGGGCAUCACACACCCAGAAACCUUUGCCAAGGUUUAUAAACAAAUUUUGCCAAUCAUAAAUAACAAUCAAUCAUAUGCCAUAAAGCAUUGGGGAAUUGAACUCAUCUACGAGACUUUCAUUAAAAAUGUCUAUCAGAUACGAAAUACUGACAAAGUAGAUCUCGCUAUCGAUUCUCUUGAUACUUUGACUAUUCUAAUGAACAUACCUAUAACUAUCCAACAACAGCAGCAGCAAGAACAAGACGGCCAAGCAAAGCAAGGUCAUGACGUCGAGACUUUUGGACAGUUGAUUGAUAUAUCCUUGAUUGUUUACAAGUUGGUAUUCAAGUACAUCAGCGAGAAUGACGGAUGCAAUCUACUUUGGAGUAAAUUGACUGAAUUAAAGAACUCGUUGGUGAACAAGUUUCAAUCUAAUUACCCAUUGAGUUCGUCAGACAAUAGCGAACACGACUUGAUGAGAAACAUUGUAACCAAGCUUGAACUACUCAAGUUUUUGAUGACGGUGAUUGAUUAUCAGUCUAGAACUCUGGUUGUUGGUGAACCUAUUGGAAAGGUGGGCUUUUCUUUGAACGAUGUGCCACCGGACCAUUCGUUGAUUAUAUACAAGAAUAUGGAAUACGAGUCUAGCACACUAUUUACCACCUUGGUAUUGAGAGUUUUCUACUUGGAUAUUAUAAUCCCCCCAUUAGUGACGGCUACAUUAAAUCAUUGUAUAAUCAUUUUGAAGAAGAAACCACAAUUGGCAUCACACUUACUCAAAGCGAUUGAGCAGUUUGACAGCAACAACAAGAAGCAAUCAAAUUACCAGUCAGUCGAUCAGUUUAAAUUGGCUAGAAAAUAUGUUGACAGAAAUAUUAGAAUCUUUCUUGGUUAUGCUAAAAGAAACUCAUUGAUUCCUACGAACUUUAAAGCAUCACUUGAAAACCAACUCAAUACUUUAGCCGAGAGAGGUAUCGAAUUAAGGAGGAAGCAUAUCUUUUCCAUCGAAGAUAGGAACAUUAAAAAGAGACCAUUUGAAGGUUUCUAUAAUCCAUCAAAAAAGAUAAAGACUUUGGAUUAUAAAAACUUGUAUACUCUCAAUGAUCCGUCUAACAAAUUGAAUGACUUUGACUUUAGUACUGUUCCGGCACAAACCUGUGCCAGAGUGGUGGUGAAUGCAUUACAAAAGGCCUCUGUUUCAAGAUUGACGAAAGCUUUUGAAAUUAUUGGCGAGAGGUACAAGAAUGCCUUAGUUCAACCUAUUCAAGUGAAGAAGGAAAAUAGUCCAUCAGCUAUGCUGUAUACCAAUGGUGCAGCAGUUGUUACAGUAAAGAAGGAAGAGGGAGAGGAGAUUGAGAAUGACGAGGAUGACCUUGAUGACGAGGAAAGAGAGGACCCAUCCUUCUCCCUAGCGCCACCAAAAGAGCUAUCCUUUAACGAAAAGAAAAAUCACAUCUCUAUAAUUGUUGAUAACUUCUUCAAGCUUGCGAAAGCUAAUAAUACAACUAAUGGUGUCCACAAGCCAGAGGUUAGGUCCGAGCAAUCCGACUCUAUCAGUAAAGAUUUAACCGAUGUUGCCAUCAAAUCGUUCAACAAAGACACGUGGGUACUUCUUUUAACCAGACUAGCUACACGGGGUAUGAGAACGGCAGCUGAAGAGGACGGUGUUGUUGAUAAAGUACCUGAUGAUCAGAAUAAAGAGGACAUGGGUAAUAUAAUCAGGGAUGCUAUUUUCAAAUAUUUUAUCGAAAACAUACACGAAAGGGUAGAUAUUGUGAUUGAGUGGUUAAACGAAGAGUGGUUUAGUGAACAAACGUUCCAGCAGAACAGAAUGAAACUGAAGGAGGGCAAAGACACUAAAGUUUUGGCUUCACUGGCUUCGACACCGGUGUAUUCCAAGUGGGCAAAUAAGGUGCUCGACUCGAUGAUUAACUACUUGGAGCCAAAUGACAAGCGGAUAUUCCUCAGAUUGCUUAGUGAUUUGCCGAUGUUGAAUGAAGAGAUGUUGCUGAAAAUCAAGUCACUUUGUUUUGAUCCUGCUCGUUCUAGUAUUGGAUUUUUGGCGUUGCAAUUUUUGAGCAUGUAUCGUCCACCAGUGAAGAGCAUUUGUAUUAAGAUCUUGAAAGAAUUGAGUGAAAGCGAUCAAGAUGAUGUCAGAGAAGAAGCCAAGAAGAAAUUAAGUAGAUUGUAA